CUCAGCCGCGGCAUGGUUACAAAAAAAUGAAUGUUUGGUUAUGUUUUCCGAGCGCCUAGAAAAGAAUUUAAAUCGAAGCUUAGUGUAACUGCGGCGUGCGACAGACGAGCGGAGAUCCGCGGAGCACCACGGAAAUCGAAAUUUGAGGUUAUACGAGGAUAGAAUGAAGAGAUCGCACUCGCGAAGAGACGAGGAGGAGAGCGAGGAACGUCAUCGCAAGCACAGGGAUCACAAACGCGGCGACGAUCACAAGGAAUCCAGGCACAAUGGCGAUCGCAAGAGUUCCAAGUAUCGCGAUGAUCACAGGAGUUCCGGACGCGACGACGAGCACAGGAGCUCCAGAUGGGACGACGAGCAUCGCGGUUCCAGGCGCGACGAUCACAGGAAUCACAGGUAUAACGACGAUCGCGGGGAUUCCAGGGAUAGCAAUGGCGAAUCGAGAGAGAAACGGACCUCGCCACGGGAAGAGAUCGGCAGCAGGUACUAUGGUGAACCGGACAAACCGCGAGAGAAUCCGGAAGACACCAAGCAAAAGCGAACAGUGGAUCUUCUGACCUCGAGGACGGGAGGCGCGUAUAUACCACCCGCCAAACUGCGUAUGCUCCAGGCGGAGAUUACAGACAAAUCGGGAGCUGCUUAUCAGCGCAUUGCGUGGGAAGCAUUGAAAAAGUCCAUCCAUGGGUAUAUCAAUAAGGUCAACACUAGCAAUAUUGGGAUUAUAACGCGGGAGCUACUGCGUGAGAAUAUCGUCCGCGGUAGAGGUUUAUUGGCGCGGUCCAUCAUUCAGGCGCAAGCUGCAUCUCCGACAUUUACUCCAGUUUACGCAGCACUGACAGCCAUAAUCAAUUCCAAAUUCCCUAACAUAGGUGAGCUAGUAUUGAAGCGACUGGUAUUGCAAUUCAAACGUGGAUUUAAAAGGAACGACAAACCUUUGUGUAUCUCUUCGGGAACUUUUAUAGCACACUUGGUUAAUCAGCGUGUAGCCUAUGAGAUUAUUGCGUUAGAAAUCUUGACUUUGUUACUGGAAACACCGACGGACGAUUCUGUCGAGGUGGCCAUAGCGUUCUUGAAAGAAUGUGGCAUGAAACUAACAGAGGUUUCGCGGAGAGGUAUUGAAGCUAUCUUCGAAAUGUUGAGGAAUAUCCUACAUGAGGGACAGUUGGACAAGCGAGUUCAGUACAUGAUCGAAGUUAUGUUCCAAAUCAGAAAGGAUGGAUUUAAGGAUCACGAGGCUGUACCGGAAGAAUUGGAUCUCGUGGAGGAGGAGAAUCAGAUCACUCAUCUGAUAAGAUUAGAUGACGAGAUGGACGCGCAAGAUAUAUUAAAUGUGUUCAAAUUCGACGCGGACUAUCUCGCUUCUGAGGAGAAAUACAAGCAAUUGUGUAAGGAAAUUCUUGGUUCGGACGUCAGUGACUCGGAGGGCGAUGACGAUGGAGAGGAGGAAAGCUCGGACGAGGAUAGCGGCGCUGAACCAGCCGAGGGAAAGGAAGGAGUGAUACUCGACAAUACGGAAACAAAUCUAACCGCCCUUCGACGAACCAUAUAUUUAACAAUACACUCUUCGCUCGACUUUGAAGAGUGCGCGCACAAGCUGAUGAAGAUGCAGCUAAAACCCGGACAGGAAAUCGAGCUGUGCCACAUGUUCCUGGACUGUUGCGCAGAGAUGCGAACGUAUGAGAAGUUCUUCGGCCUUUUAGCCGGUCGAUUUUGCGCCAUUAAUAAGAUGUAUGUGACACCAUUCGAGCAGAUCUUCAAGGACUCCUAUCACACGAUACAUCGUCUUGAUACCAACAAACUGCGGAAUGUAUCCAAGUUUUUCGCACAUUUACUAUUCACGGAUUCUAUAUCGUGGAGCGUGUUGUCGUGUAUCAAGCUAAACGAGGAGGACACUACUAGUUCCAACAGAAUUUUCAUCAAGAUUUUGUUUCAGGAACUUUCUGAGUAUAUGGGUUUGGCGAAGCUAAAUGAACGGGUUAAAGAUGUGACGUUGCAGGAGGUGUUUGAAGGAUUGUUUCCUAGGGACGAUCCGAAGAACACGCGUUUUGCCAUCAACUUCUUCACAUCUAUCGGUCUAGGUGGUUUAACGGACGACUUGAGAGAACAUUUAAAAUCCCAUCCGAAGCCAAUUGCUGCACCAGUGAUAAAUACCAAGGAAGAUGAACCCUCGAGCUCCGACGAGUCUACCUCGUCAUCCAGCUCGGAUUCGUCUAGUUCAACGUCGACCGAGUCUUCAUCUUCAUCGUCGGAAGAUGAAAUCCCUGCGAAAAAGAGUAAACGAAAAGAAAAAAAAUCUAGGUUGAAAGACAAGGAAAAGAAAUCUAAGAAGAUGCAAAGCAAGAAGAAGAAAGGCAAAACGUCAAAUAAAAAAAUGUGAAAUUUAUAAAUUAUAUAAUAAGUCUUUUUUUUAUAACUUACGCGAUAGAUACUUAUUCUGUACAGAUUACAUUCUACGACUUGCAUUUUACAAACUCUUUAGGAAGUAUAAGCGAGAAUAAUAAAUGAAUACAAUAUUUAUUCUAUUUUGAACUCUAUUAUUCGCUACGAGAUUAUCAGAUCCAUUCACUCUUUUUUUAGCAUGUAUGAAAAACCUAUUUUUGUCGUCUUAUCAUUUAAUUACAUUCUGUGAUAUUUUAACAUUUUCAGAAGAUGACGAAACGCCAAGACGUCAAAUAAUUUUCAAAGAGUUAAUUUAGUCAACGAUCUUUUCCAUUUUCACAACGCAUUAAGGAUACCAGUCGGCGGUAUCCCAGAAGAUGAGUAGCGCGUCAUCGUCAUUGUCGACACCGAUGAGCCUCGUGCCGUCCCUGACAAUGAACACAAGAUGGCAACGAUACCAAGAGCGCGCACGUCGCGGCCGCGCCUCCACGUCGCGUCGUUCGCGGAUGCGUGUGCAGGCAUGCCGCCCCGUACCAAUGUGUGCGUAAUGCGCGGGGAGGUACGCAGGCUAUUUUGACGGGAAGGUCACAUGACUAGACGGCUGUCGGCGUCCGAUUCACACAGAUGCGUGCCGCCGAUCGCGCGUCGUAACCGAGCUAUGCGCGCGACGCGGCCUACGUCGGACGUGCGUGCGCAUGUGUACGUCACGUAUGCAUGAUGCGUGUAUGAAUGUGAAUUUGUAUGUAUGUACAUUCGCACACACCUGCUCUCCUCGAACGUCGCAGCAAGGGACCGCAGGGAUGUGGCUAGGUCGUUGGAGCGAGCGAAGGCAAAGAGAAAUUCGAGUUAACAAAAUUAAAACCAUUAUUGUCUUAUGAUUGUCUUCUUUCCUCUACUAUGUGUUUUAGAUGUACGUGCAGCUUCAAUGAGACUUCUCAGAUGCUUACGUCUUGGAAGUAUGUAAAGUUUCCUGUUUUUUAUUAUCCUUGUCCUGGACCUGAGACCGAGUCCAGGGACAAUAGCUCGCGAGAAAAGUGGAGCAACAUCGAGACAUCCCGAGUGCUCCGAGGCAAGCUUCUUUCUUCUGUAUAAAUGUCAGGUCCACGUUUAUGCGUAUCUCAUAGCUAUAAAAAAAAAAA